CUCCAUCGUCGUCGUCAGCCGUCAUCCAUCCACUGCUGGAUGAAGGCCUCCUCCCCCGAGCCGUCGCCACCUCUCACGAUCCUGCAAUGUGAUUUUUUAAAAAUCCGCCCCGCACACGCGCCGAGUCCAUCGCUCCAUCUCCUCGGGUUCACGCGGAAGCAAACGAGCCCCCCCCGUGACUCCGCUGAUAUUUUCGAGCCGCUCACGGAGCCGGGGCCACCUGAGGGAGGCUUCGUGGCCGCGCAGGGUGCGAGCCGACGGUUCGAGUCCUAUCCCCGGCGCGGCAGGGCAGCAAUGGAGUGCGAGCAGCAGCAGCAGCUGCCGUUUGACUGCCUGGCGCACGUGUUCACCUUCCUGCAAGCAGAGCAGCUGCUGAGGGCAGCGGCCGUCAACCGGUUGUGGAAUGCUGUGGCCAACUCACCCGCGCUGUGGAGGUGCCUGUGCCGGCGCCGCUGGGCGUUCUGCCGUGUGGAGCGAGCGAGCGAGUGGAAGCGCUACUACCUGCGGCGCCAGGGGCUCGAGAGGGCGCUGGGCUGCGGGCGACCGGGCGCCGACUACACCUGCACCACGCUGAGGGGCCACGCCGGCGCGAUCUCGGCCGUGUGCUACCUCACGGACGGAGAACCACACAUCGACACGGCACAGGGCGACGACGAUUACGACGACGAUGGUCAGGAGAACACGGAGAGAGGAAAGAGCGGAGCGAGCGCGCCGCGGCCAGAGAAAACUCGACCCUUGACCUGCGUGUGCAGCGCCAGCAAUGACGGCAGCGUGCGAGCGUGGGACGUGCACACGGGCCAGCAGCUGUGGGUGGCUGGGCAAGUGGGCGGCACGGCCGUGGAGUGCCUGGUGGCUGUGCCGACGCUGGGACUCGUGGUGUCGGGGAGCCGGGUCGGAGAAGUCACGGUGUGGGAUGCGGCCGGAGGUCACGAGGUCGCGACCCGAGCUGACCCCACGCCCGGGGUCAUGGUGCUCGCGACGUGCGCGUUGGAGGACGGCCACUUCCUGCUUGCGGGCGGCAACAUGGGCACCUUGCGGGUACUGGCGCUGCCCUCCCUCGCCCCCGUGCGCAGCCUUCUCCUGGCCGAGGACCACACUCUUAACCUGCUGUCGCCGGCGCCGGUCGGCACCGUGAUCCUGGUGGGUGCCACCCACAGCCCUGACGUGCCAGUGCAGCUGCUGGGCGUGCGAGCGCUGUGCACGGUGGACGAGGAGGAGGCACCUCCCGACCCCCGCCGGCCUCUGCCCCCGCGCCCCGCCAACUGGCGCCCCAAUCCCAUGGCGGCGAUGGUGACGGCGACGCUCCCGGAGAUCGCCGGUCUCGGCGUGCUGGCGGCGGCGUGGUUCCCCGCCAAUCCAGCGCGCCUCGCCGCCGCCGUCGAGCUGGCCGAUGGGCAGCACGAGGUGCGCUGCUUCGACGUGGCGCUGGACAAGGCCAGGGGCAGGGCCAGGGCCAAGGAGCACAUCGCCGUGAGCGAGGUGGCGGUGCGGUUCACGAUUCCCAAGGAGCAGUGGGCGACGCAAGCGCCGUUCCUGCGCACAGCGAGCCACAACAUCGUCCUCACGACGCUCGGGCAGCAGCUGAGCGUGUGGGACGCGGCCACCGGGGGUCGCCUCGCGACGUUCAGCGACCACAAGCAGCAGAUCACCGGCAUCCACGUGGACCCGUUCCGCGUGGUGAGCUGCUCGCUUGACCUGUCCCUGCGCGUCUACACCUGGGCGCAAGCGGCGGAGGGAAUGGAGGUGGCAGCGGCGGCAGCGGCGGCGGGACAACAGCUGGUCAGCAAGUACACCCUGCUGGGGGGGUCGCUGACCUGCUCGCGGGGCUUCAGGAACGUGGUCAGCGACUGCAGCAGCGUGGUUGGCGUGGUGCAGGCCAACAAUGGACGGGACGUUCUCAAGGCUUACAACUUCGGCUUGUGAGGGGCAUUCUCAUACAAAGCCCCGGUGUUUGCAUGGACCACCAAGUGGAGGCGUUAAGGAGGAAUGCUGUCAGAGGGUGCUUACGUUGAGGCCUCAAAGAUAAUACACGUGAGGGAGUACAUUUGGCAUUUGCACUAUUUUCGUGGAACAGAGGCAAUCACUGGGGUUGCCAACUUUUCCACCAUAGUCCCAACGCAGGCGUUUCUCAGUCGACCUCGGUCCAUCGUUAUCAAAACUGCGUUUAAAGGAGAGCCGACACGAGGUUGCAGCAGGGGGUUCGUCCUUUUAUUUAUUUCCCCAGUCCACACUUGUCCCCAGCCUUUCUCUGUCCGUUCCCCGCCAGGUCUCUCCUUGCCUGCUCUUCCCCCUUCCGCUGUUGCCACUCCACUGUCCCCCUCCUUUGGCAGGAAUCCUUACCACCCCCCCCGACACCCCUUACAUGUGUAUAAUAGUUAAACACAAUAACCGGUACCAGAUCUCGACGCACAUCAAUUCCUGCUGCCGGAAGAGAUGCCAGUUUUUUUUCGCUCGAACACAGGGAACAAAGGGUGGCAAAAAUCUUCAACCGUGAAGGCGCCAUGGUCCCACACGGCAAGCUUCGCAUAACAUUUCCGUUCAGUCGUCUCCCGCAGGACUAUCGGAUGUUCACGUCGUAGGUGGUUAUACUCUGCCCUGCAUCUACCUUGGAUCUUCUGGGGACCCGCAAAUAUGGGGUGAAAAUGUUUGAAACUCCGGGGAACCGAAAAUGGUCAAUGGCCCAUCUAAGCUGUGCAGUGUCAGGUUAGAACCCGAACGAGUGACCUUGCCUCUUUUGGUAAAGUCACGUAGGUAGAAAAAUAAUAGAUAAUUUUUCACGUAGGUAGAAGCAUAAGAUCAUUUUUCUACCUGCGUGACUUUACCGAAAGAACCAAAGAGUAUGGAUUCCUGCAGUCACGAAAGCUUCAAAUCAAGAUUGACCUUGCCUCGUUACAUUAUUUACUUGCACUUUUAAUUAGUUGCAUUGGCGUUUGUUUUAAUCUUUGUACGUUAGUUGUGGUUACCCCAUGCACAAUAAGAUCAUUAACAUAAAAUGGGUAAAUGUAUAUAAACUGGGCAACCGCCACCAAUUGAACUUGUUUUGAGACCACUGUAAUGUACACGAAUAAAACUGCCUUUCUGUUA